AGUUCACAUUAUCGACAGUUGACAGUGUUGAGUUGACACUUGACAUUAUUGGUGACCGCUAUAGCGCUUCGAGUGCGUGGAGUUGGUGUCUUUUAUUUGUGAACUUUUAUAAAUAAAACUCUAUUAAUAUCUUUGAUGUAUGUGGAAGACCUGUGGAACAAAAUUAAGGUAUUAUCACCGCAACUUUCAAGUAUUAGUUAGAAAUUUAUCAAAAAUGUCUUUGGAACAAGCAAAACAAGUGGCUGCAUACCGGGCCGUCGAUGAAUUUGUCACAGACAACUGCAUUUUCGGCGUUGGCAGUGGUUCGACAGUCGUAUACGCUGUACAAAGACUUGCUGAACGAGUGGAGUCAGAAAACCUGAAGGUCACCUGUAUACCCACAUCUUUUCAAGCGAAACAGCUAAUCAUAAAACAUAACCUGAAGCUUGGAGAACUCGAUACAAAUCCCAUUAUUGACGUAACCAUCGACGGUGCAGAUGAAGUUGACUCGAAUAUGACACUAAUAAAAGGCGGUGGUGGAUGUUUGCUUCAAGAAAAAAUAAUUGCGUCAUUUUCAAAAAAGCUCAUUGUUAUUGCUGAUUAUACUAAAGAUUCUGUGAAGCUAGGUGAUAGAUACAAGAAGGGUAUUCCAAUUGAAGUUGUCCCUAUGGCAUAUGUUCCCAUAAAGAACAAGAUUAUGGCUAUGUAUGGAGGAGAUUUUAAACUCCGCAGUGCUAUAGCAAAGGCUGGUCCAGUGGUGACAGAUAAUGGAAACUUUAUCCUUGAUUGGGUAUUUACUAACCAAGAUUUAGAUUGGGAGAAAGUCAGUGCUGCUAUAAAGAUGAUUCCUGGAGUUGUGGAAAUAGGUCUGUUUGUUAAAAUGUGUCACAAAGCAUAUUUUGGGCAGCCUGAAGGAAAUGUUGUUGAAAGAUUUAACUAAUAUAAGUAAAAUAAUUAUCAUGAAAAGAAAUCUCAGAUAAGAUUUACAUUUUAUACCUUUUGUUAAAAAAACAUUUUUAAAUAAAUAAUAUUUUUAAUA